AUGGCAUCGUCGAACGGCAAGGAAAGUUCCAAGAUGACCGCGUCGAUAGACAGUUUGAAACUGUCCAGUAAGAAUGCGUCUAUGUGUUCGUCGAAGCAUGCUUCUUCGGAAUCUGUGUUAUCGAAGAAAGACAAGGAAUGCCUCCAGAUGCAGGAAUGUAAGAAGAAGCUGCUGGCGAUGGAGCCACAGAUAAUAAUCAGGGAUGAAAAUGUCGUGCUGAGAUCGCCGCCACAGAAGAAGAUUGUUAUGCCACCGACCAUAAAUCCAGAGCCUCCAGAUGGGAUCAAUGGGCGUUCCACUCCAUUUGCAACUCGAGACCUUUACGUGUUAGGGACAGAACCUUUUAUAACAGACGAGUUGGGUCAGGACACAGGACAUUAUUAA